GGUCUUUUCAUUCGCGCUCUCUUUCCUUUGCCUUGUUUCUUCCUUCUGAGUUUCCUGGAGUAAUGGAACACGGGUCAUUUUCAGAUCACACAAAGUCAACGUUUUCAUUGACAGAUGAGGAUCAUACACUCGCAAAUGCUGUCAGGUUCUCUUUGAAUCAGGAUCCUAGGGUUACAUUUAGCGGAUACAGCAUUCCUCAUCCGUCAGACAAUAAAGUUAAUAUCAGGAUCCAGACAACAGGUGAUCUGGCCGCAGAUGUAUUGAAAGAUGCAUGCCAGGAUCUAAUGCUGAUGUGCCAGCACGUCAGGAGCACUUUUGACAAGGCUGUUGUUGACUUUAAAAUGAGCGAGCGGUGAAAGACGUGAAUAUCGAGUAGUUUUUUCAAAAUCAUUGGAUAUGUUAAUUUUGAGGGUAAAUGUAGUUGAGAUAGUUGCAUGAUAUAACACUACUCUGUGUAGAAUCAAGGGUACAAAAGCUUUUCCUUUUUUAAUUCCUAUAGCUUAAUUUUGUUUUCCAGCAACUGGGUUCUGCAUUUCUUUGUCCUUUCGCCAAAGCUCUAGUCGUCUUCAUAUUCCAUUUCUGCUUCUCCUCCAGGAGUGUAGUAGUGGUACUAAGCUUUAUAUUUGGAUUCGUGCUUUAAAUGGGUCCAUUUGAGAUAUUACUUGUUUUGUACUGCCACCAACUUUUCGAAGAAUCCAAUUUACCGACAUUAUUAAUAC